CGGUCGUCGUCGGGGGCGGCGGCGGUAGAGGGGGCGGCGGCGGUGGUGACGGCGGCCGUGACGGCGGCGCGGAGCCUGGGCCGGGGGCAAUGAGGCUAUCCCGCCGCGGAGCCGUGUAGCGGACAUACAGACCCUCCUCCCCGCCCUCUCGACCGAGCCUGGGGCGCGCGCGCGCGCGGCCGUCCGCAGCAGGCUCCCCUCCCUCGACUCCGAGGCCCCGCACGGCACCCCCCAACCCGGGUCCGGAGGAUGAUGAAGCUCAAGUCGAACCAGACCCGCACCUACGACGGCGACGGCUACAAGAAGCGGGCCGCGUGCCUGUGCUUCCGCAGCGAGAGCGAGGAGGAGGUGCUGCUCGUGAGCAGUAGCCGCCAUCCAGACCGAUGGAUUGUUCCUGGAGGAGGCAUGGAGCCUGAGGAGGAGCCAAGUGUGGCAGCGGUCCGGGAAGUGUGUGAGGAGGCUGGAGUUAAAGGGACGCUGGGAAGACUGGUCGGGAUUUUUGAGAACCAGGAGAGGAAGCACAGGACGUAUGUGUACGUGCUUAUUGUCACGGAGGUGCUGGAAGACUGGGAGGACUCAGUGAACAUCGGAAGGAAGAGAGAGUGGUUUAAAAUCGAGGAGGCCGUAAAGGUGCUGCAGUAUCACAAGCCUGUGCAAGCGUCCUACUUCGAGGCACUGCGACAAGGCUACUCUGCCAACAAUGGAACCCCAGUGCUGCCCACCACCUACUCCAGCUCCAUGUCGGGCAUCAGAUGACUGCAGACUUGCGGAAGAGCUGGAGAGUGCAAAGUAGACUGAAGCGUGGCUCUCCUCACCACCCCACCUCACCUCUUUCACCCAGGCAUGGCAUGGUGGGCGGUGGAGAGGGCACACUGAGGUGCUGCUGUGGGCUGUGGCCAGAGGCGGGGGUGUGUGGCAUGGGGGGUGGGGCUGGGUGUAACUCACGAGCACUUUCCUGCAUGCCCCGUUCCUCCCCACUCACCCUGUCCUCAGAGAGGGCACCUCCCUCCCUCCCUCCCUCUCCUCCUUGGGUUCCGAAUCGUUCCCAUUUGUCUCACGCCAGCCUGGCCAGGUAUUUUCUCUGAUUUUUUGUUUUCCCAUUAAAAGACACCCAUGUGCGAUGGAACUUUCUAAAACCCUGUCCUGUGCCGUACUGUUGUCCCGCAGGGCACAUCUGUCUACACUGACGUCUGCCGUGUAAAUAAGCAGCUUAGAGAGCUCUUAACUCUUAAGGGUUUCACAGUUUGGGUUUUUUUUUUUUUUCUUUUCUUUUUUUCCCAGGUAUUUCUGGUUUGAAGCCCCUCACACUUCCUGUUUGUUUAACGCUAGUAACUAGGCGAGCUUCCCUGUCCUCUGUUCCCAGCCAUGUCGAGCCUACCUUCCUCUCACCCCUGGGGCUCUGGCUUUCUCUGGGCCAUUCCCAUGCCAAGGAAAACAGAAGGGAACCUGUUUUCUUUUCUGUUACCAAGCCUGGAAAAACAGUGAUAGAAACUGACUUCUGUCCGAUAUGCUCACAAUAGGCUUUAAACUGGACACCCUCAGUCUCAGAAACUGGACCAUCAGGCACCACGUCUGUCCUGCUGGCUGGGAAUUCUUUCCAUAAUGCUUUCCUUGCUGCCGUGGCCUCCCUUACCCUGUAUGCCUUACACCACGCCGACCUGGGUACGGCCCCAUGCUCUGCAGCCAUCUCCCUCCCAUAGUCCUGUCCCCCUGCAGAGGCCCCACCCAGGUCCUGAGAAAUGCAUGGGGGAAAGGUGUGAGCAUGUCUGUGCCAAGGGUUGCACCAAGAGCAUGCUCCGAACAUCAGCUUCCUUUCCGCCCGGUGAGGGCCACGGCUGACCCUCUGGCUCGCUGCAGGCUCCAGUCGGGAUUUUAUGGAGGUUUUGUGCGGAACUCACCUGCCAGUUGUGGUGUUUGGUUGGGAAUGGAGGGUCUGGGGAAGGGCUGAGCUAGGAGGAUGAGAGGGCAGCUGAGCCUGGCUUAGCGUGGGAGCUCGGGACUUGUUGUGGCAUUGCCUAUGUUGGAACGUAGCCAAGAUGUGAAAUUAAAAUAGUACUUCUCUUUAUUUAAAAACUAAUAAACACUCAGACUUUGAAAA